AUGUCUCCCCACAACAGCUCCUCAACUACAUCCUCCAACGAUGGUGCCGCCUUUCCUUGGAUACUUGAACAUCUCCUCGCAUACCCGGGCACGUACGAGAUCCCCUUACGAACAAUGUAUACACUCAAUUCGACACCGCAAGCCCAGCAACACCGACGUCAAUCGCUUCAGCCCGGCACUCCCUCCUUAUCGUCAAGUGCAUCAAGCCCAGACAGCUCUCCAGCAUCUCCAAGCUUCCCACCAGAGCACCAGCAAAACCAAUUCGCCGCCCAAAGCGCUACAGACCACUUCAAAAGCUGCCUGAUGACACACAUCAGUAAUCUGCCUUCCCAGCCCUUCUCGCUGCCCCCAUCAUUCAUCACGUCUUUCGUCCGACGUUGCUUCCCAGCCGAACUGUGCAAAGUUGAUUUCACGCAAGCUUUGACAGCAUUGGACUAUUUGAAAGAUCUAGAGAAUCGAAGGAAGCGAGAGCUGACUGUGGCCUUAAAAAGACUGGGUUUGGACACUGCAAUAGUAGAGCAAGCUGGAGGGGAAAUAAGUAAGAACGCAAAGAUAUCAGACUGGGUACUCAGCAUGCAGGGCAAGGAGAAGAAAGUCGAGGCACUGUAUUCACAAGUGUACAUUGGCCUCCGUCGCUGGACCUUGAUCAACGAAAUGCGCCUUGAGCCCUUCAGUAAAGCCAACAGCAUCGCCAUGCUCAACACCCUCUAUCCACCUUCAACGAAUACUGCUCCGACUCGUCAAAUAACAAUCCACAUCCUCGACUCUCAACGCAGCGCCUUCUUCCGCUACAUCCAAGCCGUUGAGAAGAAUGGCAAAGGGAUCCUUAAGAACCUCGAACAUCAAGGUCAACGCCCUGAAGACGCCAAUGGCUGGAUAGUUGUCAGGGACGUCGUAGACAAGUACCUACGUGCGGCCAACGGAGUGAUCGAAGAAUGCCUUGAGGUUUCAGGACCAGAGUACUUCGACCCAGAAAUCGAGGCACACCGCCGAAGUGAUCGAAGGGCGGACUCUGGAGUGAGCUUUGCUACUGGCGAUCGACCUUCCACCAGCAGCAGCACAGGCAGCAAAAGCAAUGCUUUGACCAAAGACAAGCCCCUUCCAGCCUCUCCAGCACAUUCAGGACCAUCGGUGCCACCAACGCCCAAGAAGCGGGGAACCACACUAGAAAAGAUUGCCAGAGAGAUUCGAAACCUCCGUUCACGCAAUGAUGUUAAAGAGAUACCUAGCAACUACAGCAGCGAUGUGAAAGAUCCAAAGGCUCGCUCACUGAAGAAGAUGAAAUCCACAAGCUCAAUUGGCGGAGCAAAAGCCAAGCAUGCUCGAUUGGGUAACGACGAGGCGAUGACGGACUUCAAUAUCGACGAUGUGAGGCGGCAGCGUAUGAUAUGGGAGGCGCAGCGAGAGAAAGAAAAUCGAACUCCGGUCCCAGCCAAAUUGGGAGCAAAGGCGCAGGGGAGGAGCAUUGAUCUGGAGGCUUGA